AUGGCUUCACCACUAGAGCCCACCAGCGAGCACCUAAACCCCAGCAAGCUGGGCACCAAGGAAUACUGGGACCAAGCCUACGAAACCGAAUCCCACAACUUCUCCGCCGACCCCACCAACGAAGGGCAAAUCUGGUUCGACGAGUCCGACGCCGAGUCGCGCAUCCUCCGCUACCUCUCCACCCAGGACCUGCCCGCCUCAACAUCCUUCCUCGACGUUGGCACGGGCAACGGACACCUGCUGUUCGAGCUGGUCGAGAGCGGCGAGUAUGAUGGGGGUGCCAUGGUGGGGAUCGAUUACUCGCCCAAGGCUGUGGAGCUCGCAGAGAAGAUAUCUGUGGAGAGAGGCGUGCAGGAGAGGGUGAGGUUUGUCGUCGCGGAUUGUGUGAAGGAUGAGUUGAGUGCGGCGGAGUGGGUGCCACAGGGCGGCUUUGGGGUCGUGCUGGAUAAGGGGACGUUUGAUGCGAUUUCGCUCAGUGGGGAGGUGCUUGGGGAUGGGAGCGGGAGGAGGCUGUAUGAGGGGUAUGCGCAGGGGGUGGUGGGCGUGAUGGCGAGGGGCGGGUUGUUGGUUGUUACUAGCUGUAAUUGGACGGAGGAGGAGCUGAGGGCGAAGUUGUUGGUGAAUCAAGAUUUGGAGUAUCACGGGAAGAUAUCCUAUCCGUCUUUCUCGUUUGGGGGAAAGACGGGGCAGACUAUAUCCUCAAUCUGUUUCCGUAGGAAGUAG